CCGCGUACAAGUCUUUGCUCUAAACCAGUUGGCCCACGUAUCAAAAGGGGAAUUCCCCGUCGUUGCAUGAUUACGAAAUCAGUGUAGAAUCGAAAGAAUGAAGUCUACAGAUCUUCAUCAUGAACAUGAUAAAUUCAAGUCACACUUACAUGUGUAUCUGGACUAUAAUGCCACAACUCCCCUGGAAUCUGAAGUGCGGAGUGCCAUCCAUGAUGCUUUGGGAGAAGCGUGGGGCAACCCAAGCAGUUCAUAUGCGGCAGGGCAAAAAGCCAAACAGAUCAUCGAAGAGGCGAGAGAUGACAUUGCAUCUAUGAUCGGAGCUCAAAAAGAAGAUAUUAUCUUUACAUCUGGCGGUACAGAGGCCAACAACAUGGUCAUUCACACGGCUGUAAAACACUUCUGGAAGACCUUCCCCCUUGUUGACCAAUCGCAACCUGUGAUUGAGGACGGGCCACCCAACCACGGAAAGUUCCUUCCACAUGUGAUCACAUCCAACUUGGAGCAUGACUCUGUGAAGCUUGUGUUGGAACACCUGGUGGAUGAGAGGCAAGCAGUGGUGACCUUUGUACCUGCCUCGAAGCUAACAGGUCACGUUGAGGUCAGUGACAUUGUUGCUGCCCUUCGGCCUGCGACCUGCUUAAUAUCCAUCAUGCAUGCCAACAACGAAAUCGGAGUCAUUCAGCCGAUAGCAGAGAUUUGCCGGCGCAUUAGAGCAGUCAAACGUGACCCCAAACGGGAGGUUCCCCGGGUCUUACUCCACACUGAUGCUGCUCAGACCAUCGGCAAGGUUGACGUCAAUGUGGAGGAGUUGGGAGUGGAUUAUCUGACCGUGGUAGGACACAAGUUUUAUGGGCCACGGAUAGGGGCUGUCUUUGUCAAAGGAGGGGGUGUGACCACACCUCUCUACCCCAUGCUGUAUGGAGGCGGGCAGGAGAGGAACUUCAGGCCAGGGACAGAAAACACUGGCAUGAUUGCAGGACUUGGAAAGGCAGCAGAACUUGUGUGUCAGAACUUGGAGAAAUAUGAAGUGCAGAUGAGAGAAGUGCGAGAUUACUUGGAAGACCAAUUGCAGAAUGUAUUUGGAGAUGGUGUUCACUUCAACAGUAGGUUCCCAUCUGGGAGUGCAAGAAUUCCAAACACGUGCAAUGUUUCAUUCCUUGGACCGGGGCUUGAGGGUUACAAACUGCUGCAGAGGGUGACCGUUCUUCAGGCUAGUGUGGGAGCAGCCUGCCAUUCAGAAUGCCACAGCAAGCCAUCCCACAUAUUGCUUGCUGUUGGGAUCCCCUCGGAGGUAGCAGCCAAUGCAUUACGACUCAGCGUUGGACGACAGACAACCAAAGAAGAUAUUGACAGAGUGGUUGACGAUCUCAAACAAGCUGUUGCAACAUUGAAAGCUGAAAUGAAUUGAUCAGGUUUAGCAAUUACCAUGUCAGUAAAAUAUGAGGUUACGUUUAUAGAAGGGUAUUGUAUGUAUUGGUUUUCAGUACUAUUCGGUGCCUGGUGUAUGUUGUUAUUUUGAGAGGUAAUCUUUCCCCCCUUCCUGAGGUACCUUGGUUUAAAUUUAACGCUGGUCAUUUGUUAAAGGCUUAGACUAGAUCAGGGAUACUGAUACUUUCUGUCUACUGAGACAAGGUUGGAGCAGAGUACCAGCUCAUAUCUCCUGAAUAAUGUGUCAGCGUAGGGGGACAUCAUUUAGGAGUAUUUUGCUGCCCAAAAUAAAUAGCGAGUAGUGUAAAAAGUGGAUUAACUGAAAAAGAAUCCCAAAAGGGGUUCUGCCAGUGUACAGAUUUUGGUGUGCAGGAAAAAUGAAUAGGGCGAUCUACUCAAACUAAUAACCCAAACUGAACCAAAUGGCAAAUUUGCCUUGCAGCAAGAGGCUUUUGACAAUUUUAUUUUAAUCCUCCUAUGCUGAAGUCACUCUUUGGGUCACUUGGUAAACACCUCAAUGAAG